AUGCGUUUUGCGACUAUCUCUCUCGGCCUUUUCUUGGCCGUUGGCAUUUCUGCCGUUGCAGUGCCUACUUUCGAACAACGCCAGGUGCUCGCGACCAGAGGCGAAAAUCUUGCUGAUAAUGCUGGAACAACGUUGCGCCAAGGCGAAGAAGAAACCGCGGAUGAAGACAUCACCUGGAAUACACCACGAAUGUAUUCCUCACGGUCUGUUACGACGGUGGUCGUGAGCGUGGUUCUGCCUGCGCUGACCAUACUGGCGACGUAUCUCCGGUUUUUGGCGCAGGGCAAGAAUCGUAGCCGGUGGACGGCAGAUGGAAUCCUGGUGGUUGCGAACUGCAUCAUCCUGGUGGGAUCUGGAUGCCUCACUAUCGUGGGCGCGACCCGGGGAGGUAUUGGUGCGAACUUGGGAACAGUAGAUGAGUCCACUGUUGUGCGAUUCCGAAAGAUUGAUUUUGUGUCGGAAUUUUUUUACAUCUCCACUGUUGGGGUUGUGAAGCUGGCGCUGCUGCUCUACUACCGCCGCAUCUUCGUAUUCUCGCUGGUCUCGCCGGGCUUUCGCGUGAUGAACAACAUCAUGCUCGGAAUCGUCGGUGCCUGGAUGAUAGCCUUCUAUAUCGCGACCAUUCUUCAGGGGCGACCGAUCUCGUGGAACUGGACGGAGGUGGGCACGUCCAUCAACCUACACGAUUUCUUCAUCGCCGAAGCCGUCACUGAUAUCACGUUGGAUACGAUUGUGCUCUGCAUGCCGACGUUGGUCGUGUAUCGGAUGCGCAUGGAGACGCGCAAGAAGGCUCUUGUGAUUGCUAUCUUUGGGCUUGGAUUUUUCUGCACAAUCACAUCGGCUAUCCGGCUCUACUAUGUGACAAGAUUUUUCAACGUCUCAGUUGCAGUCGAUCCGGAUGGAUUCGCAGAUGCCGUGACAAACCUCGACCUGUGGUCCUUGAUCGAACCCUGUGCGUCCACCAUCUGCGUUUGCCUACCUUGUAUGGGCCCUCUCGUACGUCGUGAUUUCAGUCCCUCGUCACUCCUCAACAGUGUGCGAGCCAUUUUCUCCAUCCGGAGCAAUGGUAGCAGUGAGAUAGCUGGAGCUGCUCAGUCAGAGAGCAAUAACCAGCAGAACGAUAGCAAUGCCACGCGCAAUUGCAAAAACAAUGAUAUCGUUUCAGAAGCACCAGUGCCGGGAUAUAAGCCUGAUAACAGUCGCCAUUCAGGCAGUAGUAGUUAUGCUCCGCAUAAGGCGAAGACUACAUUGUCAGAGAACGUUGAUCAGGAAGAUAUUGUGGCGUUCGGGGGGUCUACAGAGGCACACCCCUUGCAGUCAAUGGAGCAUGCUAAGGUCUAA